CGCUACCGGCACUAUGGACGAAGACCAGGGGCCGUCGCAAAUUGUUCCCGGGCCGGCUCCGAAGCGGACCUUGGGUGACCGGCUCGGCGCCAUCCGCCGGACCUUGUUCACCAAGGAGGGCCUCAUCGGCAACUACGACUAUGCCUUCCUGUUCCGCCCAAACCUGCCCUUCAUGAAGAAGGCCGACACACCACCGCCCUUCUUCGGCCUGAACGACCGGAUGCCCGUGGUGUUGGCCCUGAUCCUCGGCUUCCAGCAUGCCCUGGCCAUGUUGGCGGGCGUCAUCACCCCGCCGCUCAUCAUGUCCGGCGCCGGCGGUGUCAACUUCGGCCCGGAAAUGACGCAGUACCUCGUGUCGACGGCGCUCAUCGUGUCCGGUAUCCUGUCAGCCGUGCAGAUAACCCGGAUCCACAUCAGGAAGACGCCUUACUACAUCGGCACCGGCCUGCUGUCGGUGGUUGGCAUCUCCUUUUCCAUCAUCCCCGUUGCCACGGGCGCCUUUAGCCAAAUGUACGCCAACGGCUUCUGCCCGACGGCCGACGACGGCACGCCGCUGCCGUGCCCGGACGCCUACGGGGCCAUUCUGGGCACCGCCGCCGUGUGCUCGCUGCUCGAGAUCCUCAUGUCCUUCAUGCCGCCCCGGGUGAUUCUGCGCAUCUUCCCUCCCAUCGUGACGGGGCCUACCGUGAUGCUGAUUGGCAUCAACCUCAUCCGCUCGGGCUUCCAGAACUGGGCCGGUGGCACCGGUCUCUGCUCCGGGACCAAUCCGCCCGAGUUCUAUGCCCUCUGCCCCAACAUCAACGCUCCGCAUGCUCUGCCGUGGGGCUCGGCUGAGUACCUAGGCCUGGGCUUCUCCGUCUUCGUAACCAUCAUCCUCUGCGAGCGGUUCGGCUCGCCCAUCAUGAAGUCCACCAGCGUCGUCAUCGGGCUGCUAACCGGCUGCAUCAUUGCCGCGGCAUGCGGGUACUUUGACCGGUCGGGCAUCGACAACGCGCCCGCGGUAUCCUUUAUCUGGGUGCACACUUUCAAGCUGACCGUCUACGGGCCCCUUGUGCUCCCGCUCAUGGCCGUCUUCAUCAUAUGCGCGUGCGAGUCCAUCGGCGACAUCACGGCCACGUGCGACGUCUCGCGCCUCGAGGUCGACGGCCGCCUGUACGAGAGCCGCAUCCAGGGCGGCGUGCUGGCCGACGGCCUUAACGGCCUGCUCGCCGCCCUCGCCACCAUCACCCCCAUGACCACCUUCGCCCAGAACAACGGCGUCAUCGCCCUCACCCGCUGCGCGAACCGCUCUGCCGGGUACUGCUGCUGCCUCUUCCUAAUCCUCAUGGGCAUCUUCACCAAAUUCGCCGCCUCCCUCGUCGCCAUCCCGUCCCCCGUACUAGGCGGCAUGACGACCUUCCUCUUCACCUCCGUCGCCGUAUCAGGCAUGGCCAUCAUCGCACGGGGUUGCGUGCCCUUCACACGACGAGCACGUUUCAUCCUGACCGCCGGCUUAGCCCUCGGCUACGGCGCAACACUAGUCCCCACCUACUUUGACCACGUCUUCACCUACGGCGGGGAGAACCGCGCCCUGCAGGGCUUUCUCGACGCCAUCGCCCUUGUCAUGGAGACGGGCUUCGCCGUCACCGCUUUCGUCACGGCCGUGCUCAAUUUGACGCUGCCCGUCGAACUGGACGACGCCGUCGACGGUCGUGAUGAGACUCAGGCCGAGGAUGUUGCUCGGAGUGGUGCGAAGGAUAGUAGUGCUAGUGAGGACGGCUUCAAGGGUGACGACGGUCAAAUCAAGGGGGGAAAGAUGGCGUGA